AGGUCCCGCUCGGGCGGUUAGAUUCCCCGGAGCUGCUCGGGGUGUGUGGGAACAGCACCGGCUCGCCGGGUCUUGGCUGGAGCCCAGAGGAGGCCACGGAGACGGCGGGGCGGGGCCUGAGCCCGUCGGCCCGCGGCGCAGGCCGGUGACGCGCUGCGCAGGCGCCGGGCGGGUCAGUUUGCGCCCGGAUGGAGCGGGAGCGGUUAGUUCGGAAGGUGACGGCGCUGCAGGUGCGGGGCGGGAGGCUUGCCUGUGAUUCCCCGCUACGGGUUCUCGGACUGGGUGGGACCUAUGGACCAAAUGAGGCUCUCACGUCUAGUAACCUGCCCGCGUGCCCACGUCCGAAGCUACCGACCCACCCCACGGGCCUGAAAAAUGUGGGGACCCCACGGAUUCUCGGAGAAGGCGAUGGCACCCCACUCCAGUACACUUGCCUGGAAAAUCCCAUGGACGGAGGAGCCUGGUAGGCUGCAGUCCAUGGGGUUGCUAAGAGUCGGACACGACUGAAGCGACUUAGCAGCAGCACGGAUCCUCCCGCGUCCCCCCACCCCCACCCCCAACUGCCACCACAAGCUCUUACGCGAUCAGGGAAAAGGUGGGAAGGGCCUUCAGUCGAAGAAUUGUGCUGGAUGCAGCCCAGCACACUCCCUCGAACCCCCAGAGCCCCAACGCACAGCGUCACCUGUCCUUUCCCCGGGGCCGGGUCCCCUCUUGCAGUCACGCCGAUGACCUCUCCAGGAGCGUUCCCCAAGAUAUCCCCAUGUUGCAGUGAUAAGGGUUUUCUCUCCCCUCGUUCUCCACACCAGGCCUGCAUCCGGGGCUUCUUGGUCCGACGCCAGUUCCAGAGUCUUCGAGGUGAAUAUGAAGCUAUUGUACAAGAGAUCGACGGUGAUCUGGGCACGCUUCAGUGGACUGAGGGCUGGAUUCCCAGGCCCCGAUUUCUCCCAAAGGAGGCAAAAUUCUGUCAGACCUGGAAAGCCGCUAGAGAGAGGGCACCAAAUCCAGAGCAGGAGCUAUGGAGUCACUUCGCACAUAAAGAGACUGAGAGAGAGACCAUCCAGGAGGAUAUGCUACUGAAGAAGUCAGGAGAGAGCUUCACAAACGCCAGCAGUCUUCCCUGCAGAGAUGCCAGUGCCUGGCUUCGGGAUGAGCAGAGCAGGAGGACCAGGAAACCAAGCCAAGAGACCAGAGACGCGUCAAGGAUGAAACACCCAGAAGCUGCAGGUCCAGGACUGUCCCACAGCCAGACUGAGCUCCAGGAGCUCCAGAACCACCGCAGCCACUUGGCCAUGGAGCUGCUGUGGCUACAGCAGGCCAUCAAUAGCCGUAAGGAGUACCUAGUUCUCAAACAAACACUGAGAUCCCCAGAAGUGAACCAGAACAGACAUGAGCCCAACUUGUGCCAAGAUCAUGGGGGACAGAGCUGUGAAAAAGCUAGAUCACAACCAGGCCCACCGCUGGAAGACCAGCCCUACAGAGGCAGGACCCUUGGAGAGCCAGGCCAUGUGGAUGCCUCCUACUGGAGGCUCAGAUCACAACCCCACAAAUUCCCAGAAAGACUGGCCACUCCAGAUAAAACAACUGCUGGGGCCAAGUACAGGGACCCAUCCUACAGAUGGCCUGGGCCACAGCUGCCCACACCAUCGGAAUACCAGGCCACAGGGAAGAGGCUCACCAAAGAGCAGGACUGUGGAGAAGAGAUCUCUGGAGAGACCUGCCUGCAGCUGACAACACUUCUAGAGGAUGAAAGCCACAAAGAGCUCAAAUCUAAGGGCUCCUGUCCUGGAAAGGCCAGGACACAGCUGCCCACACUCCAUGAAGACCCAAACAUUGAAGACAGCUCUCCCAGGGGGCCAUGCCAGAAAGAGCCUGAUUGGCAAAGAGCUGUGCCACGAGAGUUGGGCGUCUCAGAGGACCAUGUCACCUGGGAUGGGUCUUUGGCAGAGCAUGGUGGCCUGGAUCUCUGGAAAAAUAAACCACCCAAGGGCCAGACCCCCAGUGAUAAAAGCUCCAUAGAUAGAACCUCCAGUGAAUCUAGCGAUGAAGGAUGGCAAAACCAGAGGACUGUACCAUGUAGGUCAAGGCCCCCUGAGAAACUGUCCACAGGGUCAGACCACACAGGAGAGGAUCACUGGAGGGGCAGACAGUGGGAAACAGGACCAGCAGGCUAGACCCUGGGGAACCAGGGAGGACCGGGUUCCAAAGGGCGAUGCUAUGAAAGGGCAGUGAGGGAGACAGGACCUCAUCCUAGCUCCCUGGUUCCAGUUGUACCUCCUGCCCCUGCCCCUGGGUAUUGGUGGCUAGUGAGGCCAAGAGAAGCUGGAGCACAGAGCUGGCACCAGUAGAGGGAGAAGGUAGGAGGCUACUUUCAUCCUCUGCCUGUGGUUCAACCCACAUUUGGGGAUAGGGAGCAACCUGGGGCAAGUCAAGUUGGAGAAUAAAGGUUGAGAAUAAAUAAAGAUGGAGAAUAAAGGUUUUCAUUAGAUUCUGA